GGGGGGGAUUUGGGCCCCCCAGGCAGCCCCCGUGGGUGUGCGGGAGGAAGCCCCACGGGGGUUGGGUCUCCGGGGGCGUGCGGGAUGUCCAAGUGUAGCUCCGAGGCUGUUCUCUCUGGGCGGGUGUCCCUAUGGCUGUAGGGAAAACCCAGGGGUUGUAACAGCCAGGGGGACACUUCGGGGACACCCACAACCGAGAGAGCUCGGGGCUCCGAGAUCCCACCGCUGCAAGGGCUGGACAGGCACAGCUUUAUUUUUUUGGCAUCCCAGAUUCUCCAGCCUUACGGCCAGGCCGCCCACCCCAAAGGCCGAGGGGAGACCUGGAAGCAUGACGCUCCCCUAGCAGCCGUGGUGGAGGGACGAGGACUUCAGGACACCCAGGGACCAGCCAAGCUCCAGCCCACUCAGCAGCAUAGACCAAGACCUGAAGAUCAGGCUGCGAAGGAAUCUGGUAUUAAACAGGGAAAUGAAGUGGGAAGAAGAAGGUGUUUUCUCCUCCUGUAGUGAUUGUCCACAUGAAGCAAUCCUGAGCAAGAAGAGUCAAAGAGCUUUGGCAGGGCAGCCUGGAGAGGGCCUGGUGAAGCCUGGCAGCAGGCUUGCACGCUCGGUCUUUGCUCCCUUAUCUGAAGUGUCAUCCAAAUUUCUUUGGCUCCUCUCCUCACCAGCUCCACGUGGAGCCCUGGUGUGGAAGGCAGACUGCAGGGACUGCCCUGCAGCCUGGUUUGUGACUCUCCUGUGCCUCUAGCUGAUAGCAGCCAUGUCAACCCAAAAGGACAGAUGGGUUUCUUCCUUCUCUUUCCUGCUCUUCUGUGCUUCCUCCAUCCCAACAUGGGGAAGUGCAAGGCUGCUGCAGGAGCUGAGCCCCCAGGAGUACUUCAGUAGCUUGCAAGCCGGCAGAGCAUCCCUGGCUUAUUUCAGCCAUAAUGUUUCUCCUGGUGCCCAGCCCUUCUUGGAGCAGAUUGAGAACUCGGCCGAGGCCCUCCAGGACUAUGGCAUUUCCGUGGUGAAGGUUAUUUGUCCCAAAGAGGAUGUCUCAAGAUACUGUGGAAAAGAAAAUGCAUUAAGGAAAGCCUACCUGUUCAGAGGUAACAUGCUGAUCAGAGAGUUCCCCACCGAUGCCUUGUUUGAUGUGAACUCCAUUGUUGCUAACGUUUUGUUCGCCCUGCUCUUUAAUGAAGUUAAAUACGUCGAAACACUGGCAGAUCUUCAGAACAUUGAAAAUACAUUGAAAGGGAGGUUGAACAUGGUCUUUGCCUAUGUACCAGCUACUGGGACAGCAGAGCACAGAGCCGUGAUGGAGGCAGCUUUUGUCUAUGGGACUGUCCACCAGUUUGUUCUGACAACCGAGGCAGCGCUGUUGAAAGACACUGGUGAUGAUGAGCCUGACAUGUCGUCUGCCCGACUGUUGUUCUGCCACUGCCAGCGGGCCACAGACCUGGCACAGCCCUGCAGGAGGACAGCCAUGGGGCAAGCUCUGACCAUGCUCAACAUCCACAGGCACCUCAAGCUCAUGGGGGCUCCUCUGGUGACAGAGGUUGCUGAGGACCCAGAGAAGGUUUCCACUGUUCACUUACAGCUUGGGCUACCACUUGUCUUCAUCCUCAGCCAGAAAGAGACCUACGAGGCUGACAGGAGGACAGCAGAGUUUGUGGCCUGGCAGCUCUUGGGGAAAGCAGGAGUUGCCCUUUUGUCCAGGGACCUCGUAGAUUUGAACAUUCUGCUCCGGUCAAAUGUCGCUCUCAAGACACCAGAUGAGGGAGUGCCAAUCAAAUACCUGGUCUUGGAAGACACUGAUGAAGUUAUAACUCUGGUGGAAGAUAAGAGCAAGGUCAAACAAAUCCAGGAGGAGGAGGAGGAGGAGGAGGAAGAUGAGGAUGAAAAAGAGAAUAACAAUCAAGGAACUCAGGGGGUUUUGCUUUCUCGGGUAAACUGCUGGGACUGGCCUGGCGUUUGCACAGAGGAGAAUGUCACUCAGUUUCCUACUAUCAAGAUUUAUGAGAAGGGAGAGAGAUCAGUGAUGUACAACGGCAUGUGGGGAACUGAUGAACUAACCAGCUUCAUCAUGCUGAGCCGAGUUCCCUGCCCCCUGAAACUGGCCACAGUUGAGGAAGCAGAAGGAUAUUUAAGAGGAGAGUUUCCAUCUGAGCUAUCAUCCUAUCACCACACUUCGCUUCUAGGAGUAUUCAGCACAGCCACGAGUGAAGCCAGGGAAGCUUUCGAAGAGGCAGGAAGCAUCUUAAGUGGCCAUGUAACAAUGGGGAUGUAUUUUGAAGAUGAUGCCUUGACUUUAUCCCGUAAAUAUGCAGUUUCUCCCCCAGCCCUCCUCCUUGCCAGGAGUGGAGGUCAAAGCGUGGAAGGCAUCACUUUAUCCAAACAGAACGCGCAGGACAUGGUGCAGAUGAUCAGAUAUGAAUUGCUGGACAUUUUUCCAGAAAUCACCGUGCAAAAUCUGCCUCGGUACUUGCAACUCAGAAAGCCCUUCCUCAUCUUGUUCAGCGAUGAUGACAUCGGUCAAAUAGAAAGCAAGGAAAUGCUGAAGCUGGCAAAAGGAAGACCCCAGCAAGAGUUUGUGGCUUGCUGGUUGAACUUGAAGAAGACUCCGGUGGGACGCGGGGUCCUGAAGGCAUAUUUUGCCACCAUGCCUUCGCUGCCUGUUCUCGUCUGGGUGAACUUUCAUGCGGGGGGUCAGGUAUUCAAGUUUCCCUCAGAGCAGUCCAUCACUGAAUUGAACAUCUUGUCUUGGCUGGAGAAGCUAAAAGCAGGCCUGGAGGUUCCCAGCAGUACCUUGUCUGACGAAGACUGGAAACCGCCUCUCCCCGCUUACAACUUCCUCCAGAUGAUGGAGACCGCGGUGCCCGAGCUCCCCCUCCACACCCCCCAGCGCCACGGGGACACGCCAGCAGCACAGCACCCACCCGAAAGCCCCGGAGGGGACACCACCACCCAGGAGGAACCAUCCCGGGAGACCAAGGCAGAGAAAAUGGCGUCCCCUGGGAGAGACCUGCGGGGGACAGCCCCCAGGCUGGCGGCAAGGGAGAAGCAGGGCAAGAGACACAGCGAGCUUUGAGAGCUGAGCGUCCCCUUGCCCAGGCCAGUGAAAGAUGUGGGACGGUGCCUAGAAAACCUUAAUCACUUUCCCACCCCUCCGUGAGCCUUUACACGAAGGAGAGGAGUGCUUUCAGCUGUAAAUUAAUGGUGAAGGGAUAAACCAGCCCCUAAGUCUCCCUGUGAAUGCCCUGCUGCAGUGUGCUGGUCAUGCUGCGGUGGCUGUGAUUUCUGGUGCCAGAAAUAUGUCCGUACACCCCACACCUUGGCUCCCCCCAGACUGUAUUUCACAGCAAGAGGCAAGAGAUCUGCAGGGAGGUCGCUGCAAGGGAGCUCAGCCCACCCCAUAGCUGGGGGAGAGCUGGGGUGAGCUCACUGCACGCUGGAGCCUCGCCUACGCCACAGACUACACUGGAAAAGUCAAAUCAGCUCAUCCCUGCUCUGUACUUUCUGUAUGUCUCACAUAGGUGCCCCCGAGCAGGAAGGGGUGAGUGAUUCCAGGAUAAAAAGCACAUUUCUCUCCCCACUGGUUGCAGUGGUGGCUCUACUGUUGCAUGUCGGCAAGCCCUGCUCUCAAAAAGUGAUCGCAUCUGUGCUGUAACCGUGUGGAGCUGGGAGGGCAAGCGUGCCACCCACUCCAGGGCUGCUGAAACUGGCACCUACUUGUGUUUACACCUGACUUGUGAGCUGAAUUCAUGAGCGUGUUCAUCAUCCUCGGGGGUAAGAGGAGUAUCUGGUUACAGCAGUUUUAUUAGGAAGGCCAGAGCUCAGGUCAUUGCAAGAGCCGUGAAUAGCUGGGACAAAAAUUUGCCAGCAAAUCCCCAGGGCGGGCAGGUUGGAAAAUGGCUUUGCUCAAUGCUGGCAUUUUCUUGGUUACAAGCCCAGGGGGUUAUUUGCAGCCUCGAUUUUUCUUUGCUCUCAGUGACAGCGGCAAGGUUGGUGCCUCCUGAGCUGGGGAUGGUGCAGGGAGUGAGGUUUGCAGAAAGCCCAGUUCUUUGGAAACGAGGGGAGGGAGAUGAAGGGCAAGGCUGGCAGUGCUGGGGCCAGAGGCUUCUGGAGCGGAGUGGAGCUGCUUCACAUACAUAUCUGGGUAGAGAGACACUGGGGAAGUGGCUUUCCAGCCUCUGCCCAUCUCUGGGGGACAGCAAAAGGUCUGUCAUUCCUUGUUGGAGGACCUGAGGGCCGAUGUGAGAUGUGGGCUGGGGAGAGCUGUGGUUUUGGAAGGAAGCUUUGCCUAAUCCCACCCAUGCCAUGACGAUCUUCCCACCCCCUUCAAUAAACCUCUGUUCCCUUCCACAGCACCGCUGAGGUGUGCCGGGAGGCUCAGAUCCUCCUCCUCCUCCUUAUGGCUCUAAAGUUACUGGGGAAGGGAAAAAUGGGUGGUGAGGAACUGCUGGGAGCAUUGUAAAGUCUAUUUCUCAUCCUGCAAGCAGCCCACAUGGUUGGGAGUAUUUUGAAAUGCCCAGAAAUAGACCAUUAGUCCUGGGUUCUUCUUGUAACCCUUAAUUGAAACAGACCAUUUUUGGAUUUAAUGACAGGCUUAGAGCCAAAAAUAUAUGUAUUUAAAGUAAUAAGCUGGAGCAUGCAGACCAGGGCCUGCCAUGCAGCUGAGGAUUCCCAAGGGAAGGAGGAGUAGGUCAGGGCACCAACAGAUCCUCCGUGAGUUCCUGUCAUUCCUCAGCUGGAUAAGGUCGUUACGCCGCUGUACAUCAGUCGUUUCCCAUCCUGUCCCUAAUGACGCCACUGCUGGUGCGACAGCGUUGCUCUCUCUCUUAGUGCAGGUGAAGUGUGACGUUUGGGCUUGUCAUUGCUGUCUUAAAUAAAUUCUCUCUCGAGUACAGUCCAUCUGCAUCUGUCUUGGAUGCAGUGUGGUGAGUAGAGGGGCUGGUGUCCUGGACUGGGGGAAGCAGAGGUGGACAAAUCCCUUUGGGAACACUCCCCCAGCCUGCCGAGCCCUGCAGGAAUGCUCUCUUCCUUCAGCAGGGUUUGUGCGAGAUGAGGAGCAUCCUGCCAUCCCCGUGCUUCUUGGCUGCGUGUCUUUUUUUCAGUCACAGCACUUCUCUUGUGCAGCACUGGGCAGGAGCUUGUCACUAGGGGUCAGUGCCACAUCUCCGUUAUGGCUGCAAAAAUUACUGCCUCUGCUUAAUUGAUGCUGGAGCGUCGCUGCCAAAGCAAUGGGGGAUUGGGGAACAGUUAUCCAGUGGGUCCUGUGGGGAUGCUGGUGGCUGAGGGGCUGUUUGCUCCUUGUGGCAGGCCCGGAGGGCUGGGGAGUCCUGACUCUAAAGGCUUGAGCCCCCACGUCAACAACAGAAUUACAGAAUCCCAGAAUCAUUGAGGUUGGAAAAGCCCUUGAAGCUCCUCCAGCCCAACCAUGACCCUCACC